AUGGACGAAGUCGUAUAUGCAAUUCAUCCAUUUGAAGCGGAGAGUGAAGAUGAGGUUUCAUUUGAAUUCGGUCAACCGAUAAUCGUUUUAGAAAAAGAUGAAUUAUAUGGUGAUGGUUGGUGGAAGGGAAAAAAUAUUCACGGAAGAAUUGGACUUUUUCCAAUGAAUCAUACUAGUUAUAGUAAACCUGCUCCAAGGAAACCAGAGACUAAUACUAAUAGUUUUUAUAAUCAAAUGGUUGCUACUCCUAAUGAGACGUCGAAUUCAAAUAAUUUGGAAUUGAAUAAUCUGGAAUUGAAUCUGGAAUUGAAUAAUAAUCUGGAAUUGAAUCUGGAAUUGAAUAAUCCUUCACCCCUUUUUAGAAUGCCAACUCCUUCUAUCGAAGAGACUAUUGAUGAUAUACAAAAUAAAUUACGAAAAAUGAGUGUAAAACCAAAUGAAAAACAAUUAAAUCAAGAUCUUCCUGAAUCACAACAAUAUCAAUGGUCACCAAAGCAAACUCGUCGUAGUAAAUUAUUUUUAUCGUCUUCAUCUUCAAGAUCUGUUAGUAGCAUUAGUUCUUCGUCUCAUAGACAAUCAACUGAAAGUACAAAAAUACCUCCUCUGAGACAACCCAUUCAAACAAAGGAUCAUCCAUCAACGUGGGAUGUAAGACAAGUUUGUCGGUGGUUAGAUGAAGUUGGUUUUGGUUCUGAAAUAAAUAAUUUUAUCGAUAAUGAUAUAACUGGUGAUGUUCUUCUCGAGCUUCAUUUAUCCACAUUAAAGGAAUUAAAUGUAGUUUCCUUCGGAAAGCGUGUACAUAUAAUGAAUGCUAUAAAUGCGCUUAAAGCAAAACAUUCUAUUGGUGCUGUUACUGAUGAUGACAUAUCGGAUAUAGAGGAGCAAUCCAUUUAUUCGCCGACUCCCGUUUAUCGUUUUCAACCUAAAUAUAACAGUAGUAGUAGCCCUACGUUAGGUAAAUUUACCGCUAAUCAAGAAUUUAGGAAAUUUCCUGGCCUUCCAUUAUCGCCCAGAAACUCUGCUGGCAAUCGUCGCGCUCAUCCUAAUUUUUAUUCUCAAUUAAAACCUAUUGAUGACGUAAAUGUUACAAAUGAUAUUGAAACUAUUGACCCUAAACCUAAAAAAAGUAGAAUUUUAUCAAAGUGGAGUUCUUUAAGAAAACCCAAAGAGAAAAGGUCUUCAGAAAUCAAUUUGAAUAAUGGGAAAAAAAGUCAAGAAGAGAUUAGGAACCAAUUUGUUAAUGAUAAUAUUCGACCAAAUUCUCCAAGUCUUGAUAAAAGUAAGGGAUUGUUAUUUAACAGAAGGAAAUAUUCGGAGAGAAAUAGUAUGGUCGAAAAUCCAGUGGUUCCGAAACAGUCUUUAGAUAUGGAUUUAGAAGUUUUAAAAUCCAUGGGUGAACCUGAUUACGAAGGAUGGCUUAAGAAACAAGGUGAUAAAUAUAAAACUUGGAAAUCCCGUUAUUUCAUAUUGAAAGGCGUAGAUCUCUAUUAUCUUAAGAACAAUAAGCAUAUCCAACAUCCUAAAUUAAAAGGCCACAUUGACUUAACGGGAUAUCGUAUCCUUACUGAUGAAAAUAUAUUACCUGGAAAAUAUGGAUUCAAGAUAGUCCAUGAUGUACUUCGAACUCAUUUUUUUGCACAUGAAGACAUUGACGUAAUGAGAGGAUGGGUAAAAGCAAUGAUGAAAGCUACGAUAUCUCGUGAUCAUAAUGCUCCAGUAAUCAGUUCAAGUAAUAUUAACACGGUUCCAUUAGCCGAUGCUCGUAAAAUGUCACCACGACCACCGCAACCUCGACGUCCAUCAUUCUCUGCUGCCGCAGUAAUAUCGAAAAUAGAUUCACCAGUACUUCGCGUCCCUUCACCGACGUAUAUUAAACAAAAACCGAAUUACAUAACAACGAUGGGAUCAUCAUCAUCAGCUUACAUUCAAAAUACAGCUAUGUAUCCAAAAUGA